AUGUCUAAGAUCUUACACAGCCCACCAUCUCUCAGAAUUCUGUCUCCAAACUCAAUACCACGUGACCCAUCACGUGACUUGUCAGUAUUAAGUAGUCCUAUUUCAUGUCCAAAUCCCGCAAUUUCGAUUUUCAAGAAACUUUCUUCUCCCGGAAAAUUUAAUUUGCCGGGGAAAAAUAGAGUCUUUCGUGCUUGGAGCCAAGAGGGGCCUUUGCAAGAGGUGGAUGAUUCUCCUGUUUCGUUUGAGUUGGAGCCCAUUUACAGUGAAAGUCAGUUUGAUCGUGUGAUAGCAGAGGCACAGCAACUUGAGGAAUCUGUUAUCAUUGUUUGGAUGGCAAGCUGGUGCAGAAAAUGUAUAUAUUUGAAACCAAAAUUGGAAAAGUUGGCAGCUGAUUACUAUAGAAGAUUGCGGUUUUACCGUGUCGAUGUCAAUAAUGUUCCACACAAACUUGUUACUCGUGCAGGAGUCACUAAAAUGCCAACCAUUCAGCUAUGGAAGGAUAGCAAGAAACAGGCAGAGGUGAUUGGUGGUCACAAAGCAUAUUUGGUCAUUAAUGAAGUUCGUGAAAUGAUUGAAAAUGAGGAUACCUUGUGA